AUGUCUCGCAAAACCUCUUCGAGUAAUCUCCCCCCGAAACGCGAAGGCCCUCCUCUACGACCGGUUUCAGCACCCCUAAGCUCAACGCGUCUAAAUCGCUUGAUUUACUUGUUGCUCAUCAUCUCGACACUCCUUUCUGCAUACUACGGCUAUCGAGUUCUUCAAUGGAAAACUCAAGUCGGCGGAUGGUGGAAUCUCGCAACUGGGCAACGUCCAGAACAGAUAAAAACCACAACACAUACGAAGGGUCGCGGUGGAGAGAGUGUUGAAGAAAGAAUCAACGCACUAGCUGAUGCACUCGGUAUGCCGUCGCGUGACCUUGCUUCAGCCAUUGCUGGUGCAGUGAAGCAAUAUGUACCACCCGCAACUCUAUCAUCCAUUGCCGCACAUCAGACGGGGCCGGCGGUGGAAGCCAUGAUGAAGGAAAAUGGGGAGAAGACGCCGUCGAGUAACGAGGAGCAGUCGUCUGGGGGUGUGGUGGACAACAUUGCCAGUGGAAUGGGGUCUUUUGUUGGAAUGGACGAACCUUGA